AUGAGUCGGUCACAAGGUGCUGUUAUCGACCUUACCGAGGAAUCACCUCCAGCUAACACGAGACACUGGUUCUCUAGCUUUGGAGCCGCGCCCGGACCCGGCACCCAUAUCCUUGAAUGGUCUUUCGGAUCGCAUGCGCAUCCAUAUCCCUCCGAUAGCUUUGGCAGAGACACCGCCUCAUCAUCAAGCGCUCAACGUGCAGCGAGGCCCGCUGUUGACCCCAUCGUAGUUGGGAGCGAUGACGAGGAUGAAGAAGACGUGAGCUUCACCAUCACCGGACAGUCCGAGCCGAUUAGACGCACAUAUCAUCUUCAACGCUCUGUACCCUUGAAUUCUCCUGCAGCUUCUUCUACUCGUCCUUCAUCAGCUUCCGCCGGCUCGUCGCUUCGAUUCCACGAUAGCAUCGGCCGAGGCCCUCAUGGGUCAGGUUCGCGCAUCCCGCAAAGCAUCGGUAUGCUCGGUUCUUCUUCAGCAGCGCAGCACCCGCUCUUACCGCAACAUCGUGCUGCUUUACCAUCUGCCAGUGCAACAGCAGCUAGGAGGGGCGGUGGGGCUAUCCCGCCUACUAGGUCAGAUGGGGGUUUCAUGCCGCGCCUCAGUGGGGAGUUCUCUUUCGGAGGCAUGGCAGGAUUUGGUUUUGGUCCAUCAUACAGCAUGGAAGUGAUAGGCAACUUGAUACGCGGACUACAAAGCAACGCAGGUGCCGGUCAUCAGCAGGGUCCAGAACGCAAAGUUCCGCAAGAUUACGAUCCAAAGUGGACUCAUCCAUAUGAGGUUGAAUCUGGCUUCACACACAACAUCAUUGAGCCGCCGGUCGACCUAGAUACCUACUUUGACGACAAGGCUGUUGUGACGGGACCUUUGCCGGAUACUACACCAAUUUGCCCAUGCUGUCGCCAUGCACUUGUGACAGGCGCCAGCGGAGAUGAGAGGAUUUGGGUGUUGCCGUGUGGACAUGUGAUUGACGGGCGGUGUGUUGACAAGCUCAGUGGAAUCGCUCCACCGCUGGGUCCAGAUGCUGUUGUCGCCGAAAGGACUUCAGGCAAGGGUAAAGGCAAGGCGAAGGCUGUUGAAUUACCAGAGGAUGAGCCACCGGCAAAGGCUUCCAGAACAUCCUCACGCAAUCGACCAACAGCUUCUGCCCCUGCUACGGCGAAAGAGGUCACACCCAAGAAGCCAAAGAAGCCCAAGCGAUUCACCUGUCCCGUUCAAGGCUGUAGACAGCGAUGCACCAAAGAGCCUGGCAGCAAGUAUUCGGCUUGGGAGGUCUUUGUCUGA